AUGCACACGGCUAUUGACAUUGAUGCAUCACUUCGACGGUUUUGGGAGCUGGAGGAUGUCAACCAGGAACUUCAUCGCAAACCAGAGAACGAUGAAGUUGAACAGCACUUUUUGAAGACACACACAAGGGACCCCAAGGGGCGUUACAUCGUCGAACUUCCGUUUAAAGACCCCAAUAAGCCGUUUUCGGAUACUCUUCAGGGAGCACUCGCAAGAUUCAAGGGAGUAGAACGCCGUCUAAUGCAAGAUCCCAAUUUGCGCUCACAGUAUGUAAAGUUUAUGCAUGAGUAUCUCAACUUAGGUCACAUGCGAGAACUAUCGCCAGAAGAUAUUGGCAAGAAACCAAAUUUCUACUUGCCACAUCAUCCAGUAAUUACCCAAAAGUUAAGGGUAGUUUUUGACGGAUCAUUUAAGGAUACUAACGGAAAUUUCUUGAAUGACGCGCUACACAUUGGUCCCAGUAUCCUGCGAAACUUAUUCUCAAUUUGUAUCCGAUUUAGAAUGUUUAAGUUCGUCUUCUCCGCAGAUAUCGUCAAAAUGUACAGACUAAUCUGGGUGGCUACCAAGCAUUGUAGCUAUCACCGAAUUGUAUGGAGAGAUGAUGAAAGUUCGCUCAUUAAGCACUAUGAACUGUCCACGGUAACAUACGGCACGUCUAGCGCACCAUUUUUGGCAGUUAGAGUUUUGGAUCAUUAG